UCAUAUUUUCAGGUCUUUCCAGCCCUUGGCCAGCCUGGCAGCCUGACUAACCAGCUUCUCCAGGCCCAGGGGUUGGGGGAGGGGCGCGGCAGGAGGCAGCCAGCCCAGCCCCAGGCUGUGGCUGUAGUAGAAGGUGGCUGUCAUGGUGCUCCCCCAGAGGCAGCCUCACUCACGGCUGCUGUGCCUCUUGGUGGCGCUGGUCUGGCCCCAGCCCUGCACGAGCCUUGAGCUGAUCCCCUACACGCCGCAGAUCACACCCGGGGACCUGGAAGGGAAGGUGACGGCCACCACAUUCUCCCUGGAGCAACCGCGCUGUGUGCUGGACGGUCAUGCCAGGGCUGCUGACACGGUCUGGCUGGUGGUGGCCUUUAGCAACGCCUCCAGGGACUUCCAGAACCCCAAGACCCUGGCUGAGAUCCCCGCUUUCCCACAGCUGCUGACCGACGGCCACUACAUGACGCUGCCCCUGUCCCUGGACCAGCUGCCCUGCGAGGAUCCCGUGGGUGACAUCCCCGUGCUGCGGGUGGGCAACGACCCUGACUGCCUGGCUGACCUCCACCAGCCAUCCUACUGCAACACCCCCCUCCCUGGCCCCGGACCGUACAGGGUGAAGUUCCUCCUGAUGGACGCUGGGGGCUCACCCCAGGCCGAGACCAGGUGGUCCGGCCCCAUCACUCUCCACCAAGGGAAGUCUCCGGGCUCCAUCGACACGUGGCCAGGGCGGCGGAGUGGCGACAUGAUCGUUAUCACCUCCAUCCUCUCUUCUCUGGCCGGCCUCCUGCUCCUGGCCUUCCUGGCUGCCUCCACUGUGCGCUUCUCCAGCCUGUGGUGGCCUGAGGAGGUCCCUGAGCAGCUUCGGAUUGGCUCCUUCAUGGGCAAGCGCUACAUGACCCACCACAUCCCGCCCAGUGAAGUGGCCACCCUGCCUGUGGGCUGCGAGCCUGGCCUGGACCCCCUCCCCAGCCUCAGUCCCUAGCCUGGCCUGCGUGCCUGGGGCUGGGGCACUGGGCGGGGGUGAGGGGGAGACCAGGGUACAGUGCUCCUUCUCAGCCCUUUCACCCACAUGGCCCACCCAUCACACUCCCCCUCCCUGAAAUCCCACCACUAGCUACUGGAAUGCGGUCCCAUUCUGCCCCCCGCCCUCCCCCUUCUCUCCAGGCAACUGAAGUUGUAUGCAGGGGAGUUGGGCGAAGGCUAUGGUCAAGCUGGGUACCCAGCCCCCCACCUCCAUCCCUUCCUCUUGCGAGUUGAGGCUGGAGGUACUGUGCCAAGGCCCCCCUGACUGGAAGCUGCCAGGCCCCAGGAAGAGGCCUUGGUCUGUCCUGUGCAGGGAGCUGAACUGAACCCAUCACUGAGGCUGUGAGGCCUGAGCCUCCCUGUCCCUCUGUCUGUCCCACCUGCCAGUGUCUGGGGAUGCAGUGAAGUCUCCAGAGACCCCUUCAUUGUCCCUGGGCACAGGCCCUUCCUGGGGGUGGCUAGAAGGUCAGACGGGGCGUAGGUGCAUGUAUGACCAUCCGGCCACUGAUUUGGGCCACCACUUCCAACCCCCUUGCACACACAGAGGGCUCACACACUGCUCUACGCACGCUCACUCCGCAAACAUUGUUGAGUGCCUGCUGCAUGUCAUGCACAGUGUUAGACUGGGGGCCUCAGGCAAAUCUUGGGGAGCUCACUCAUUGCUCCGGACCUCAGAUGACCUCAUGCCCAGGUGUGACCUGUUACUGUUGGGAGGCGGUCACGCCCGCAGAUUGUCACAUACCCUGGGGCUCACACUCCCCCAGACAAUCACCCCAUUGGUUCUUUGGGUUCCAUGACCAGCCCUCGCUGGUGGACAGGCUUCAUUACCCGCCCGCCACCCCUGCGUCCAUUGGCCCACAAACCUGGUGGUACCCGCCAUGGCCACACGAGGGCGCCAGUGCACCGCAGCUGUUGCCGCACAGCCCCGCAGGCUCAUUCCCAUUCACAGACCGGUAGGGCUCUGUUGGGCGGAGGGCUCCGGCCUGGAGCCUCAGCAGGCUCUCUGGAGGUCAGGGCUCCAGGCCCCAUCUCCACCGAGCUAGAGGGAUGAGCAGCCACGCUCCCGCUUGAGGACCCACUGCGCGCUUUCCAAUCCACACAGCCCUCGAUGGAGAAACUGGGGCUCAGUGACUUGCCCGUUGUGCUCUGUCCACUGCCACCGGACCCCCUAGACUGACUGCGACCCCCUGCGGGGGCCUGCGGGCACAGGUGCCCUCUCUUUCGAGGUGAAUAAAUGCUGUCUGGCUUUC